AUGAAAUUAAUUAUAAAUGGGUAACCUUUGAUGAAAAAAUAUAAAAUUUUUAAGUCCAAUAGAAAACUUACUACUUGAAUUGGAGUUUCUAGAAUAUCAACAGUCCUUAAAAUUAGAGAUAAAAAAUAGUAAAAAAAAAGAAUUUAAACAUACUGUGAUGAUUUGAAAGGAAUUGGUAGAUUGAAUUUGGAGUGCAAAAGAAUAAAAAUCCUUGAACCUCUUAUAAAAAGAAAGAUAAUAAUGACAAAAAGACUAAGAAGAACAAUUUAAAUCAUAAAAUGCUUCAUCAAUAUAAAAGAUGAUACAUUUAUAUAUGCAAAACGAAAACUUUAUAAAGAAAACAUUGGUAAUUUUACCUUCUCAUUAAGUUGA